AUGAACCUCAAACUCCCGCAAACCCUUCGCAUUGCCAUAUUGGAAUGCGAUACGCCGCUGCCCCAUACCCGGAAGAAAUUCAAAGGCUACGGCAACGUCUUCGAAUUUCUGUUGCGCAAUGGCGCAAAGACGAUGGGCCGACCGGAUUUGGAUCCCACCACUGGCCUUGAAUUUACCAUGUACCAAGUUGAAUUGGAGCCGGACAAGUACCCAGAUCCAAAGGAUAUUGAUGCGAUCUUGAUAACGGGGUCAAAACACGACUCAUACGCCGACACACCCUGGAUCAACAAACUCGUCGACUUCACAGCCAAAAUACUAUCCGAAACCACCGUACGCGUUAUCGGCGUGUGUUUCGGCCAUCAAAUCGUCGGCCGCGCCUUGAAGGCAGAAGUCGGUCGUAAUCCCCUCGGCUGGGAGGCAGCGGUCAACGAUGUCGAGUUGUCUGAGAAGGGAAAGGAAAUCUUUGGGGUAGAUAAAAUUCGACUCCAUCAAAUGCAUCGCGAUAUUGUCUUCUACUACCCCGAAGGUGUCGAGGCCUUAGGAUUUUCACCUGUCUGCAAAGUCCAGGCCAUGUAUUCACCGAAACGAUUGAUCACCGUCCAGGGCCAUCCCGAGUUCAACAGUGAAAUCGUAACCGAGAUUCUGGCAACUAGACAUUCUACGGGCGUCUUCAACGACGAAGCUUAUGCCGAACAUAUGGGAAAGGUGAAUUUGCCCCAUGACGGCGUGAUUGUGAGCCAGGCUUUUUUGAGGUUCUUGUUGGAAAAAUAG